AUGGAUCCAGCGUUGGCAUUUAGGCUUCUCAUUCUACUGGCUUUACGUGCCCCUCCAUGCAAGGGGAAUCCUAUGAAUGUCUCCUAUGUGUCCUCUCGUCUCAGGCCCGGAUGGAAUGGUAGCGACGACAGAGGAUCUUUGAGAGGAGACAACACCAGAAUAAUGAAUGAAAUCGAUGCUUGCUGGAGAAACGAUCCAAAUUGGGCGGCCCAUCGCAAAUCAUUAGCCGAUUGUGGCAUUGGCUUUGGAAGCCGUGCAACGGGAGGCAAGUAUGGCGAAAUAUACAUCGUAAGCGAUGAAGGGGACGAUGCAGUAAAUCCAAAGUACGGCACCCUUCGUUACGCAGUGAUUCAAACCAGGCCUCUCUGGAUCAUCUUCAAACGGGAUAUGUUGAUCAAGCUUAAAAGCGAGCUGAUUGUCAACAGUUUCAAGACUAUUGAUGGGCGAGGAGUAAAUGCGGAGAUUGGACAUGGAGCAUGCAUCACAGUGCAGUUCGUUAGUCAUGUAAUAAUACAUGGUCUCAACAUACACGACUGUGUUCCUGCCAAGCCCGCCAUGGUUCGAAGCUCACCAUCUCACGUUGGUCACAGACUUGCUACAGAUGGAGAUGCCAUCGACAUCUUCGGUUCGAAUAACAUCUGGAUUGAUCACUGCACCUUCUCGAAUUGUAAAGAUGGGCUUAUCGACGCAGUACACUCAUCCACUGCAAUCACUGUUUCAAACUGCCACUUUUACCAUCAUGAUAAGGUAAUGCUGCUUGGCCACAACGACGGCUAUAACGCUGAUAAGAUUAUGAGAGCUACGAUAGUCUUUAAUCGUUUCGGCCCAAAUUUAGUUCAACGGAUGCCCAGGGGACGAUUCGGUUACUUUCACGUAGCCAACAACGACUACCAUGCUUGGGAAUCGUAUGCGAUUGGAGGCAGUGCAAAUCCAACUUUCAGAAGCGAGGGAAACCGAUUCAUAGCAUCUGAUAAUCCCUACACAAAGCAGGUAACGAACAGGGAGGCAGGCGGAGGGUCAGGGUGGAAAUGGAGAUCAGUUAAUGAUAUGUUUGUGAACGGGGCAUAUUUUGUUCCGUCUGGAAAGGGGACGUGUGCUCCAUAUUAUUCUUCGAAUGAAAGGUUUAAAGUGUAUGAAGCUGCACUGGUUCCUUUUCUCACAGCUGAUGCAGGUCGUCUGAAAUGUCGCGUGGGAUACCCUUGCAAUUGA